AUGUUAAGAUUACCAUCAAAUAGCUUUAAUAAAACUAAAUCAUUUUUAAGUAAAAAAAAUGAUUUGUAUAAAUAUUUUAAUCAACUCAAUAGUGGUUUAAAUAAUUUUAAUAGUAUUAAUCUUACCACCACCACCACACUCACCACCACAACCACCACAACCAUUGCUGUACACAGUAAACACACUUUAUUUAAUAAUAAAAUAAUACAACAACAACAACAACAGCAACAUCAAUCAUAUAGAUUUUUUUCGACUGAAAUAAAUUCUAAAUUAGGAGUACCAAAAUCAGCAGCAACAACAGCAGCAACAACAACAACAACAACAACAACAAACAGAAAAAAGUCAUUCUUACCAAAAAAUUUAAAAGAAUUUAUUAUAUCAUCACAAGAAUUCAAAUUUCUUGAUAAAAAAUCAAAAAUCAAAUUUUAUAAUAAAUUUACAAAUGAUAAAUUAAAAUCAACUAAUCAAUUUGAAAUUUUAAAAUCGAUUGAUGAAAAUCCAAAAGAACAAUUAAAUUUCUUUAAUCUAUUUCUACAAUUUAUUGUAACCAUUAAAGAAGAUCAUAUUCAUUUAUUAAAUGGUGAAAUUGUAACAUUAAAAGAUUGUUUAAUUAGAGAAAUUGCAAAUAAUCCAAAUCAUGUUGAAUCAUAUUUAGCAUUAUUCUAUUUAAUAGACCAAGAUAAUGUUACUAUUAAAUACUAUUAUAAACAACAACAACAACAACAACAACAACAACAACAACAACAACAACAACAACAACAACAACAACAACAACAACAACAACAACAACAACAACAACAACAACAACAACAACAACAACAACAAGAAGAAGGACAAAACCAACUUGAUCAAGAUAGCUUCACAGUGGAAUAUAAUAAAAUUGAUUUAUUUGAAAAGGCGUUUUCAAUUGAUAAAGAUAAUAAACAUAUAUUAGAAAUACUAAAUCAACUUGUAAAAAUUAGUAGCCUCAAUUUUACAAAAAAAGAUCUAUCAAAAUUAUUAGAAACUGAUAACGAUAGUAGUAGUAAUAGUAGUAAUAGUAAUAGUAGUAGUAAUAGUAAUAGUAAAAGUAGUAGUGGUUUAUUAACAUAUGAAAAGUUUAAAGGUAUUGAUUAUGAUUCAACAAAAUACAGAGAAUUUCAAAUUAUUUCAGGUUCAUUAGGUUUAUUAAAAAAUGGAAAAAAACAAGAACUUUAUAACAGAAUUGAAAAUCAUUUAUUAUCAAUAAAAGCAAAACAAGAUAAAGAACGUCAAGAAAAAGAAGAACUAGGAAAAAAGAGAAUAGAAAAAAAUCAACUAAAAAAAGAACGAUAUGAAAUAGAACAACAAAGAAAACAACAAGAAAUGCUACAAAUUCAAAAAGAAUAUCAAAUACAACAACAAAAACUACAACAACAAAAACAACAACAACAUCAACAACAACAACAAAAACAACAACAACCAAAUAAUCAAAUUCCAAAAACAUCUUUUGUUAAUCAUAGAGUAAAUUAUGAAAAAUUAAGAGAACAAAAAGAAAUUGAGGUUGAAAAAAAUAGACAAGCAUUUUUCUUAAAAAUAGCACAAGAAAGAGAACAACAAAAGCUUGAAAGAAUGCAAAAAAAAAUAGAAAAACAUUUAGUGAAACAACAAAAAAGAAUAGAAGAACUUGCAGAAAAAGAAGAACAACAAAUAGUGGAGGAAAAAAUGCAUUUAGGACAUCUACAAUCACAAGAAGAAAAACUACUAUUACAUACUGAGCAAGUACAAGUUCUUCCAGAGUCAUCAAGUGAAAUUCAAGAGACUUCAAUUUUCGUUAAUAGAAGGAUCGAUUAUGAAAAAAUACAGACACAACAAGAAAGUAAUGAAAAAAAAAACAAAAAAUAG